CUUGAACGCAUCACCAGACCAAGGUAAUCGAUCGUGGAUGUUUGUUUCCAAUGACAGUCGCCAGUAGCUAAAGUCAUGGCGCUGCUCAAACAAAGCUGUUGUGUAGCUGGACGUUUCUCCACAAAUCAUCUAUGGAUGAGUCAGAGAUGUAUCCCACAUGUUUACAGCAGUAGUGUGACUUCUGCGGCGAAGUCCUCCACAGACAGGGCCGACAGAAGGAAGGAGCUUCUGGGUGAAGACGGGCCUGAUCUACAGGACUUCAUUUCAGGGGAUUUAUCAGAGAAAAGCAAGUGGGCCGAGUACAAAGGGACCCUGAAGAGAGACAAGGGAGAGAGGCUGCGUCUUCCUCCAUGGCUCAAGACGGAGAUCCCCAUUGGAAAAAAUUUCAACAAACUGAAGAACACUCUGAGAGACCUCAACCUGCACACAGUGUGUGAGGAGGCCAGGUGUCCUAACAUUGGGGAAUGCUGGGGAGGAGGAGAGUACAACACAGCCACAGCCACCAUCAUGCUGAUGGGGGACACGUGUACCCGUGGCUGCAGGUUCUGCUCUGUGAAGACGGCCCGCCGGCCUCCACCUCUGGACCCAAACGAACCCUACAACACAGCAAAGGCCAUCGCUGCCUGGGGACUGGACUACGUGGUUCUCACCUCUGUGGAUAGAGAUGAUAUUGCUGAUGGAGGGGCAGAGCACUUUGCGAAGACCGUCUCCAACCUGAAGGAGAGGGACUCCCACAUCCUGGUGGAAUGCCUGACUCCUGAUUUUCGUGGUGACCUGGCAGCAGUGGAGAAGAUCGCCCUGUCAGGGUUGGAUGUGUAUGCCCACAAUGUGGAGACAGUGCGAGAGCUGCAAAGGUUCGUGCGUGACCCCAGAGCGAACAUCGACCAGUCUCUGAGUGUCCUGAAGCACGCCAAGAAGGUGAAUCCCUCUGUGCUCACCAAGACCUCCAUCAUGCUGGGACUGGGCGAGACUGACCAACAGAUACUCAACACCUUGACUGAGCUGCGAGACGCAGGAGUGGACUGUCUCACACUGGGCCAGUACAUGCAACCCACUAAACGCCACCUAAAGGUGGACGAAUAUGUGACUCCAGAGAAGUUUGCCCACUGGGAGAAGGUUGGGAAUGAGAUGGGCUUUGCUUACACAGCCAGCGGGCCACUGGUGCGAUCCUCCUACAAAGCAGGCGAGUUCUUUCUGAAAAAUCUACUGAAAAAGAAAAAAGCAGAAGUCACUAUUGGAGAAUGAAAAUCACCAGACCAGCAGCUGCUAGAGGCUGGAACCCUUUAGUCCCUACCAUAACUACAUAUUUAUAACAACUAAAUCAGCUUUACGUCUCUGUAGCAUAAUGAAUCUUUGUGAGCUUCAGCACAUGAAAAACUUUCAUUAGUAACAGCAAGUUGUGCAAGAGAAUACAGCUGGUGUAGAAGUGUACAGGGACCAUUCUGUUCCUUUUCAAAGCUUUUGUUCCCCCCUGUUCACCUGUAACAACUAAGAGAUCUGACAUUUUAGGGAGGGAUCAAAGGGAAAGUGCAGCAGUUAUCUGGCUGCAGAUUUCCAGAUAACCUGGGUGCAGCUUUUGUCCAUGAACCGCUGCCAGGAGAAAAUACGACCUGGUGUUAACAACAGCUGUCAUUUUCCAUCUCUGCACCUCAGGGGUACCUAAAUCACAUCCACCCUGCCCUACAGGGCCCUGGACUUCAGGUGCAGCGCUACUGAUCUCUCACAGAAGCUCCGUUUAUGAGCCCUUUGAUGUCUGAUGCUUCUGGACACAUUUAAUGAAGCAUUUGUUUUGGUCAGAGGGUUCUUGCAGCAACUUUAUCUGCUUGUUUAAGACAGGACAGCUGUUGAACACUGUUUUUAAACUUCUAUUACAUUGAAGAAAAGCAUUUAUUGGGCCCAAAUUGACAUAUUUUCCAAGUAUGGAAGUAAAAAUAUUCUCUUUAUCCGAUAAAGAGCCAAUUUGGGUUCAGACUAUGCUUUUUUUAAUGUGAGAAAUGUGACUUUACACAUUGAAAAUACAUGUGGGUAUAUUUAGCAGAUAAGUUGUUUAGACAAAAUAGACCUUUAAAAUAUACAUUUGUAUUUAAACAAUAAAACUAAUUCAGUCCA